AUGCACUUAGUUGGAUUUCGUGCAAUGGCUGAUAACAUAAACAAGUUAGCAUGUCUAACAUUACCACGAGAACCAGAAAAUCCAGAGCCCAUCAUUUCAAUUGCUGUCGACCAUAUUAAUGAUCAAGAAUUGGAUGCUGUAGAUAAUGACUGUAAUUUCCGCCAACUUACAAAUUUACCUGCGACCUUAAUUUUGCAAAUAGGAGCCCGUGUCAUGUACCUUGAUAAUGACCUAUUUGAGCAUAGUCUUUUUAAUGGAUCUAUUGGCGUCAUUACCGAUUUGAUCGAUGAAAAUACCAUCAAUGUAGUAUUUCCGACCCCACUAAGAAUGAUUACAGCUGUU